AUAUACAGUACUGAUCUGAAAUCCUACUAAGAAUACUCUGUAAACUUCUAAUCGUACAAAGACAGAGGUCACUUACCCAUGGAGCUUACAAUCUAGAAGUAGAACUCUGUACGUUAAGUGUUAUAGUCAGCAUGAAGCUGAAACGGCUAUUCUACAGUUUGAUAAACAGAGGCCACUUACCUAUAGAGCUUACAAUCUAGAACUAGAAUACGUACGUUAAGUAUUAUAGUCAGCAUAAAUUGGAAAUUGCUAUUCUACAGUUUGAUGAACCGAGGCCACUUACCUAUGGAGCUUACAAUCUAGAAGUAGAACACUGUACGUUAAGUAUUAUAGUCAGCAUAAAGCUGAAAUGGCUAUUCUACAGUUUGAUGAACCGAGGCCACUUACCCGUGGAGCUUACAAUCUAGACCUAGAACAUGUACGUUAAGUAUUAUAGUCAGCAUAAAGCUGAAAUGGCUAUUCUACAGUUUGAUAAACAGAGGUCACUUACCUAUGGAGCUUACAAUCUAGAAGUAGAACACGUACGUUAAUUGUUAUAGUCAUCAUAAAGCUGAAAUGGCUAUUCUACAGUUUGAUAAACAGAGGUCACUUACCCAUGGAGCUUACAAUCUAGAAGUAGAACACGUACGUUAAUUGUUAUAGUCAUCAUAAAGCUGAAAUGGCUAUUCUACAGUUUGAUAAACAGAGGCCACUUACCUAUGGAGCUUACAAUCUAGAAGUAGAAUACUGUACGUUAAGUAUUAUAGUCAGCAUAAAUUGGAAAUUGCUAUUCUACAGUUUGAUAAACCGAGGCCACUUACCCGUGGAGCUUACAAUCUAGAAGUAGAACACUGUACAUUAAGUAUUAUAGUCGGCAUAAAGCUGAAACGGCUAUUCUACAGUUUGAUAAUCAGAGGCCACUUACCCAUGGAGCUUACAAUCUAGAAGUAGAACACUGUAUGUGAAGUAUUAUAGUCAGCAUAAAGCUGAAAUGGCUAUUCUACAGUUUGAUAAUCAGAGGCCACUUACCUAUGGAGCUUACAAUCUAGAACUAGAACAUGUACGUUAAGUAUUAUAGUCAGCAUAAAUUGGAAAUUGCUAUUCUACAGUUUGAAAAAAGAGUAUUUAAUAGAAAAGUUGUGCAUGGUGAAUAAUCCAGCACAUUCUUCUAUACAUCCAGUACGGUAUUUCUGUGUUCUGCCGAAGUUCAACCAUGAGUAAUAAUCUUUCCUGGUUUAAUAGCAACGUGACACUGUAAUCCUGUUCCCAAAUUCAGAUCAAGCAUCUCCUACGAAGAAGGAAGCAAACUGGAAUUCCUGGCAUGGAAACUGUAUCGGAACCCAGCAUGACAAGUACGACAGAACCUGUGUAUGAUUACCCAAAUAACGAACCCCCCCGUUCCCCAUCUCCAAGAGGAUCAUCAACCUUAGUCAGCAUUACAGACAAGCUUCUUCUCACACAGAGUGUGUGGCUUCACCUCAGUGUCAACUCAGCUACCGCAUUGCAUGUGCUGCAGAGAGAGCCACCAGGGACAUUCUUGGUGAGGAGAUCCAACACUCGGCAGCAGUUGGUCCUGUGUGUGCGACUAUCAGAUGACUACGGACCAAGUUUCAUCCAUCAGGCUUACAUACAUGAAGGAUCAUCAGGUCUCUCUCUGGAACGUUCGACAUUUACCUUUCCAGAUCUUAUCCGACUUGUAUCUUACUACAGUUCAGAAAGGGAUGUUCUCCCAUAUACGCUAAGACUUCCCGCAGCUAUAGAAAAAGUGACUUCACGCAAAGAGCUGGAGGCUAUUUCCAAUCUAGGACAUGAGUUCUGGAAUUCCUCACUUAAUGCUCGUGAUAUAUCUUCAGCUCCAACUUUCAGUACCACCUUUCUUACACUCACCUUGUCACCGCUGCCUGACCUACCAGACACUAUCAGCCCAACUCUUGUUCCUGCACUCAAAACUCGCAGCCCCAAAGAGGUUUCCUCAGGGGGGAAAGAGGGAGCACUCUUUUUUCUUAAUCCUCUUUUCAAAUCCAAAGACACUGGCGCACUCAAGCGCUCCCACUUCCAGAAGAGUAUCAAAGUCAGGGUGUCUACUGAAAAUUCAGGAUCCCUUUCUCCUCCUCUAAACCCACCUCCUCCAGUGCCCAGUGAGGAAGCUGUAAAGGAGGAAGAAGAGGUGGUUUCAGUGGAGAUGUCACCUGGAACUGAGACCAAACAAACAGAGGAAUCAUCAGAAGACCAAGAGUAUAGAAAACCUCGGUCAUCUCUUAGACAGCGUUUGAGAAAGAGCUUAAGUAAGGGUAGUCGUGACUUUGGAAUAAAGCUGUCGCCAAUGCGGUCUAAAGAUGUAGGUGACUACAAUGUCCCUUCCACAUUGCCAAGAACACAAGACUCAAAGGAGGCAAGAGAGAACCACAUCAAUGGAGUGUCCACUUUGGAAGAGCAAGACAGUGGAUCCAUCAGCAGUGCAGAUGAUGUGACAUCAGAGGAUGGUGGAAAGUCUCCUCAGCUUACGCGCAGAAAGAAAAAGAAAAGUGGUCGCUCCUCAUUUCGGGCAGUUAGUGGAGCUUUCUUGUCCCUUUUGUCUCCAGAACGAAAGAUGAUGAUAUUAAUAGAGGAAAAGGGAAAAGACAUGUCAACAGAGUUUGGGAAGGAACUGCAAGCCUUUCUUCAAAAUAUGGAACUGAAUAAAAAUAAAGAUGUAAAAGAGAAGACACAGGAGGAACCUACAACUUAUAGGAAUUUGUUAAAGGAGAUCAGGGAUUUUAUGGAUCGCAUGAAGCAUUUGUUAAGAGAGAGUGCAGAAAUGCACCUGGAAAUGCUUAUACCCGAUGAACAAGAGCGUGUCUUGGAAAAAUCCCUCCACCGACUUAUACUAAAGCCUCUGAAAUCAUAUCUAAUGUCCGAAAUUCAAAAAGAAAUGGAGGAAAAUGGAGAGCUGGAGAAACUUGGGAAGAAUAUGCAAAGUGUAAAGAAAGGUGGAUCAUCGCUUCUUGGUGUAAACUUAAAAGCUCCCGUGUCUCAGGAUCUGGAGAAAAUUCGACAGAAAUUGUUAAGAAUACAAUUAAAAUAUUCUCCUUCUGAUAAGGUCCGCUUAUUGCUACAAGCCUGCAGAGGGGUUUAUAAAAGCAUGGACACACAGCAAGAUGAUGCUUGUGGUGCAGAUGAAUUUCUCCCUGCGUUGUGCUAUGUGCUGGCGCUAUGUGAGCUGCCCCACCUUCUCAUAGAUACUCAGUACACCAUAGAACUGCUGACACAAGAGUCCCUUAUGGGGGAAGGAGGUUACUAUCUGACCAGUAUAUCUGCCUCUCUGUCUGUCCUAUGCUCACUACAUGCUCACCCCCAGGAUGCUGCACUGUCACUUAGUGAGUGGCAUCGGAGGAGGCAAGGCUUGCCAUCACUCAAUGACUUACAGAACUUCUUACGAGUUGCCCAUCAAGAUCCGGUUAAUGGCUGCACUACUAAGACCAUCCUUCUGAAGCCAUCACAGACAGUAGCCGACCUAACCCAUCUCUGUGCUCUAAAAUUCAAGCCUUCCAAGCCACAAGACUUCUCUAUUUUUCUACACUGUGGUGGGGAACAGCAACUGUUAUCUCUGGAUGAACAUCCCCAGGAGAUAAAGGCCAAGCUCAAAGACACUGGAUCUAGUUUUUUCUUCUGUUACCAAAGAAUUGAGGAGGAGGAUGCAGAAAAAAUCCUUGAAGAAAAAGCCUCUGACCAAUCACAUGCAUCAAACAUCUGAAAUGUGUCGCUGCGUAGCUUGGGACAUAAGGACAGAGUCUGGUCAUUUGUCCAGGAAUUCUAAUAUACUUCGGAUAUAACAUUUCAAGCUAACCAAGCAUGAUAACCAGAGAUAACCAUGAUAACCAAGCUAACCAGCCUGAGAUGUAGCUUCUUCGUAGUGUUCAACAUUUUUAUUGGAAUGUCGCUAUUGUGAUAUCCACAAAGUGCCAUGCAAGAGAUCCGUUCUUUAUACAUUUCCUGGUAUAAAUUGUACAUAGAUUGCCAGUUGUACAGAUGCUCAGAAUUCAUCGAAAUGAAUGGAUGAGUUUUGAAAAUAUUUUAGGAGGAAACACAAAAGAUCAGUACAUACCUGAGGAACUGGAUUAAGUAUUUAUUUGUGAACUCUUGUGCGAUUUAAAGCAUGUAUUUAACACGCUAUUUUAUAUGACCAGCACUUUAGAUUUUUUAAACGCUCUGCUAUUUUGCACACUACUUGAAGUGCUCAAAACCAAGAGUAGCAAAACAUGGUUUAUAAGUAACCUUUAAAAAUAGAAUUUAUUUUAUUCUGUC